GACGAGUCGGCCAGACAACAUGAAGAACAGCCAAAGGAGUUAAACAAGAAGAAGGAGGAGAAGACUGGAAACCCAAAAGUAAUUUUUAUUGUGACCGUGCUUUCAAAGCACUCAGUUAAUGCUUCACAGAAGGCUGGUGCUGGAGGUCACACUGAAGGACGUCAACAUGAGCAGAGCAGCCAGAAGAACCGAGACAGAGGCCGAAAUGAAGAGACGGAACAAACCGGAGGCCAUCCAGGAGACACUGGAGGCGAAUGGCAGGGUGGUGAUGCAGGAGGUCAGAGGAGCGACAGUGACGAGGAAGACAGCGACAGUGACGAUAGCAGUGAUCCAUCCUAUCAGCCGAGCAACAGUGAGGAUGAAGACGGUGAGAAGAUUCAUCUCAAGAUGGUCUCAGAGCUUUCAGCACCAUCGAUCAAGAUGGGGCUUCUCAAUGCUCACUCCACUAACAACAAACUGCCUUGGUUAUCUGAAUUCAUAAAGAAACGUGAUCUGAUGGUCUUGGCAAUUACUGAGACGUUUUUGAAAACGAUAGAGCAAGCCCAACGCCUGUGUAAAGGGUUACCAGACGGAAUCCAGGUCCACCAGCAGCCAAGGAAUUUAGAAGACAGUGGGAAAAAAAGUGGAGGAGGAGUCGGGAUUGCCUCCUCAAAUGAGCUAGAGUCAACAAGGGUUCAAUUAGACAAGUCUUUUAAGUCCUUUGAGUACGUGGCCGCAAAUCUGCGCCAUAAGGAGUGGGACCGACCCAUCAAGACGACCACUGUUUAUCGCCGACCAGGAUACGAUGUGAUCCCGUUCCUGGAGGACUUUAAGGAGUACCUGGAGAAUUUUUUUGAAAAUGAUAGCAUCCUCAUAACUGGAGAUUUCAAUAUCAAGGUCAAUGACGAGAAAUAUAAACCUGCGACGAGGUUUAAGGAACUCUUGAAUAGGUUCGGCCUAAAGCAGAAAGUAACGAAAGGGACACAGAAGAAAGGUAACAUUCUGGAUCUGGUCAUCACCAGAAAUGUCGAAAUCGCCGAUCUCAGUGUGGAAGAGACUGAUAACCAAAAAUUAGAUCAUUACGCAGUAAUAUUCAACGCAUGUCCAACGUCAAAAGACACACCAAAAAAAAGAUACAUACAGUUUCCAGAAAUUACAGACCCACCACGCAAACAAUUCAAAGACAGGGAAAAACAAAGACAGAAGAAAAAACAAAAAUUUUUUUUGAAAAAUGACAAAGUUUCGUCUGAAACUGACCAUAUUUUAACUCUGAAAUUGUCCAACAUGACUUGGAAUGUGUCUCAAAGACUCAAAAAGACCUACCCUGAAAAUGGUUCCUUUUAGAAUCUAUUUUGUUACCAGCGUUCUGCGCAGCAUCACGUUGCCUAAAGGAACCACUGAUGGUUCUGAGGAGUUCUACAGAGAACCAACAGGCCUCCAUCAGUCUACAAAAAAAGAUCCAAAACCAUGAAGAUCAUCUGAAUUAAAUCACUGUUGAUCACAAGCUGUAAAAAA